GCUUAUUAUAUGUUCACACUCUGGGUUUGAACUUUACAGCUUCUGCUAUUCCAAUUGCUUUAUUUAAGUCCCCCCCCAACCCAUAACUUUCCUCUAACUCUGGACCAUCUUGCCCUUCAUGGAUUCGUCUUUGAAGCUUUCCCUUGCUGUGUUUCUGGUUGCUGCUGCUACCAUUGCUACGACGGCACAUGGGCUAACCGUCAUCUCUGGCACUGUCUUCUGCGACCAAUGUAAAGAUGGCCAGAUUUCUCUUUUUGAUUAUCCUGUUUCCGGAAUUAAAGUUGCAAUGGCGUGUCCUGAUGGUAACGGGCAAUGGGCGAUAAGGGGAGAGGAAACCACGAAUUGGAUGGGAGGUUAUUACAUGAGACUUGAUGGAACCUCAGAUUUGAGCAAUUGUUUUGCCCAGGUUUCAGCAUCGCCAGGAGCCUGCGGGGCGGCGAGUGGGCCACCCAGGCCUCUAAAGCUGAUGUUCAACAUGUUCGGCAUGGUAACGUAUGCGGUUGACGCCUUGAUUUCCCAGCCUGCACAGCCCAUGUCUUUCUGUCCAUCUUCUGCGCCCGUGGCUCAUCCACCUCCAUCUUACCAACCCCCUGCAGUGCCUACCUUCCUCCCCCCUCCAUCUCCACCCCCUGCAUUGCCAACAUUACUCCCGCCUCCAUCUGCGCCCCGUGCAUUGCCAACCUUACCCCCAAUGCCUCCAACCCCAUUUCUAGAAGCUUCUGCCUGUCCGUACGGGAAAUGGAUCAUGCCGGAGCACAGGUGCUACUGGAAGGUUGUGAGUCCCGACACGAAAGUGGGACUUGUGUUCGGGCUACUAGCAGCAAGGAAAUACGGGACGGACAUGACACUGUGGGAAGGGAUGAACGGAAGAGGGGAGGCGUACAAGACAUUGCUGAGGGAAGGGACAACUGCACUUCUCAACUCCUACAAUUCCUUGCAGUUCCCUUACCACCCUCUGGGAGUCGUGGCGCGCAUGAAUUGGGUGUUGGCCACGGGCUCCACUCCGCAAGUCCUCCACACGGCUCUGAGUUUCAUGAGGGCAAACUAUGGGUAUGGCCAAUCUGCUGCAGCUACCUGCAGAUUCACUUCUUGCACCACCAAGUCAUGAAUUGCUGCUACAUAUAUAUAUUACUCUCUUGAUUAAUUGGUAAUAUGCCCAUAUUUGUUGUUACUACUAUUGUUAUUACAUCACUACAUCUAUGUAAGGUUCUGACUCCUGUUGUUGUUCUUCGAGAAUUCAUGUGGUGUUGCUCUAUAUAUAUUGUUGCAUUUGCUCAUAUGCCAUAUUGGUGUUUCAUAAUGAAAGGCUUUCAUUUUU